CUUGCACUCUUCUGCUGACCCAUCCCGCCAGCCGACAGCCAGAACCCCCGCGCUCCUGUGCUUGGACCCCCUAUACCCUAUAUAAAAGAUCCGGGUCCCCACCCUCCUCGCGACCUCCCCCUCAACCACCAUAAGACGCGUCGCUAUCGGCUCGAGGAACCCUCCGCUGAUUGUCCGUCCUUCCAUCAAGUCAGAGCCGGGGGAAAGAAGACUCUCUUGCUGAGGAAGUCUCGACGACAUCUACGCUCCAUCACUACCUACUCAGUCUCGCCUGAUCUUGCGAUCCAGGUCGAUUUACCACUGCUCCUCCUCGCAAACAUAUCCGACAACAACUACUUCUCGUCGUCAUCAUGGUCAAGCAAAUGCCCGUCCUGACGGGUUAUACCAUUCGUGGUAGAACCCUUACUUCGCUCAUUGCCCUCAUCUCUGGUGUCGGCUUCCUCCUCUUCGGCUAUGACCAGGGUGUCAUGUCUGGUCUCUUUAGCGCUGGUCAAUUCGCCAACGACUUUCCCAAGUUGGGCGAGGUCCUGCCUUUGGCGCCUGCCGACCCUCACAGCUCGCCAAAGAACCCGGAAUUCAACUCCAAUGUGCAGGGCGCCGUUACCGCUAUCUACGAAAUCGGCGCCCUCUUUGGCUCCCUGAUCGUUCUUUGGAAGGGUGAUGCGAUGGGCCGUCGCACGUCAAUCGCCAUUGGAGCCACGACAAUGACUGUUGGUGCCAUCAUCAUGGCUUCCGCCGGUGGCGCCAAUUGUGGCGCUGGCUGCAACUCGACUGCAUCCAAACUUGGUCAAUUUACUGCUGGACGUAUCAUCACGGGCGUCGGAAACGGCAUGAACACUUCGACGAUUCCUAUGUGGCAGUCUGAGCUCUCGAAGGCGCACAACCGUGGUCUUCUCGUGCUUAUCGAGGGUGCUCUCAUCUCUGCCGGUAUCAUGAUUGCUUACUGGGUUGAUUACGGCUUCUACUGGCUCGACACAUCGUCGGUUCAGUGGCGUUUCCCGAUUGCGUUCCAAUGUGCCUUUGCCAUUGUGCUCCUGAUCGGCAUUCUCUGUCUGCCGGAAAGCCCGCGUUGGCUGGUCAAGAAGGGAGAGAACGAGCAGGCUGCCAAGGUUCUUGCGCAGAUCGACAGCACCACGCCCGACGAUGUCAUGGUCCAGACCACGCUUCGUCAGCUCCAGGAGGCCAUUCAGGGAGCCGAAGAGCUUCUUGGUGACUUCAGCUACAAGGAGCUUCUCACCCACGGACGCGAGCAGAACUUCUACCGAACGGCCAUUGCCUUCACUGCCCAGGCCUUCCAGCAACUUUCAGGUAUCAACCUCAUCACGUACUACGCCACGACUGUCUUCUUGUCUAUCAUUCCCGAGCAAAAGACGGCUCGUUUGUUGACGUGCGGAAACGGAACGGAGUACUUUGCUGCCUCGCUCGUCGCCCUCUUCCUCAUCGACACGCUCGGUCGACGCAAGCUCAUGCUUUCUACCGCAUUCAUGAUGAGUGUCUCGAUGGCUAUUCUUGCUGGAACCGUUUCGGCCGUCAAUGAGUCGGCGAAACAGGGCAUCAGCGGUAUUCCCGAGUCAUACGCGGCUGCCUUCUUCCUCUACUUCUUCAACACUAUGUUCGCAUUUGGCUGGCUCGGCAUGACGUGGCUCUACCCUCCCGAGAUUACGCCCAUUCGAAUUCGUGCGCCCGCAUCGGCUAUCGCCACAUCAUCCAACUGGCUCUUCAACUUCCUCAUCGUCAUGAUCACUCCCCCCGCUUUCGCUUCGAUCGAAUACAAAACCUACAUCAUCUUCGCCGUCCUCAACAUGUCCUUCAUCCCCGUCAUCUGGGCCUUCUUCCCCGAGACGAAGCGCCGCAGUCUCGAAGAGAUGGACCUCAUUUUUGCAGAGGCCCACGACACGGGACGUUUCUUCCGGAUGAGCCGACUCAUGACUGAGGCUUGCCACCUGUCGCUGACGAAGAAGCACCUCACGUCCGAGGAGCUCGAUCUCGAGCUUGUCAAGCGAUUCGGCGAGGAGCACCUCCAGCACACGCGAAGCCGGUCGGGCGCCGCCGACGCAGUCAAGGCCGCUCCCGCUGGCGAGAAGGAAGACUUUGCCGAGAAGGCCGCCAGCGCCGAGGUUGACAACUCCCCCAAUGGCCGCGACGCCCAAUCGUCGAGAUCAGGCUCCAACUCGGAGCACUAGAGGGCGGAACAUAAUAUCAUCGCAAUCUCUCCCGAUUGAUACCUUCACAUUCUUUCGCUCUCUUUUCCUCAAUACCCUACCUCUCCCGACUAGGCCCCUCUGCAUGCCGCGGGUGACGAAAUACGUGCGCAUUGGGAAGGGUGAGGCGGGUCUACAAGAUGAGCCCUUAUUAGAUAUUCUCCUUUCCUUUGAAUAGCGACGCCUACGUCUCUCUUCUCUUGUGCAGCAACUAUCUUCCUCUGUGAAUGAAUCACGCAAAUUGAGUCAAAUACAACAGCACUCAGGAAC